AUGGUUCAGGAACUAGCUAGCCAGGCAGACAAGCUCAACCACUCAAUGGCGCACAUAACAACCGUCUUGGGGGUGGUGAUGGCGGCCGCAGCGGUGGCGAUGCUGACAUCGGCGCUCCUCGCCGGAGCAGAAAUUUCCCCGGCGGAGGCGCAAGGGGUGCCCAACUGUGACAUCACCUGCGGCAACAUGAGCGUGCCGUACCCGUUCGGCAUGGGCCCGGCCAGGUGCUACUGGCCGGGGUUCAACCUCACCUGCAGCCGCUCAAGCAAACCACCGCGGUUGCUGCUUGGCGAUGGCACCCUCCAAGUCCAAGAGUUCUCCCUCAGGUGGUCAUUUGUGAACGUCAUACGUACGGGCGAGAUAAAAGUCGAUGGCAACGGUGAAGGCAUGCUCGGCGGCGGUCUUACAACCAACGGGCCCUACACACUUUCAUCCAACCAGCUCAUCCUAGUGGGUUGCAAUGUCCAGGCGACGCUCAAGAACGGCGAGGUGACCAUGGCCAGCUGUUCUUCUGGCUGCAAAAGCGGCGAUGGACUCUCCCAAGCGCUAUCCACUCUUGAAGCAGGCAUGCAAUGCUCUGGCAAUGGCUGCUGUCAGUCGGACAUUGUCUUCGACCCUGCGGAGGUAGCAGGAAGACUUGUCGAUAGUGCGUUCUACAACGUGCAACUCAAAUGGUUCGGCUGGAACCACAGCGCAGACCAGCAGUGGCCCGCACACGUCUUUAUCGCGGGGUCCGGCUGGUUCAGCCGUACAGCGGUCUUCCACGAGCUGUUACGAAAAGCCGCCCCCGCGUCAGUGGAUGCAAUGCAAGUUCCCUUCUGGCUGGACUGGGAGGUUGUUGGCUAUGGCGCAGAAUGCUCCAACAUCUGCAAGAGCAAGCAUAGCGACUGCACAAAGGGUAACAAAGGCUACACGUGCUCCUGCAAAGACGGCUACGAAGGGAAUCCCUACAUCACCAACGGAUGCAAAGAUAUCGACGAGUGUCAUGAAGGGUACGCUAGGUGCUAUGGUGGUGCUUGUACCAAUUUGGAAGGAUCAUAUUAUUGCCGGUGUCCUCCAGGAACCAAUGGCGACCCUACCCUGCCUGGUGGCUGCCUCAGUUCCGUCUCAGGUAAUGGCAGCACGUCCUGCGGUGGCAUAGAUGUGCCAUACCCCUUCGGCAUUGGCUCUGCCGGUUCCUACUGGCCAGGGUUCAACCUCACCUGUGAUACAAGCCAACAACCAGCAAAGCUACUACUCGUCCUCCACGACCUCGUCGAUGGCGUGGCUGACUCCUACCACGUCAAGGAGAUCUCCCUCGAGAACAACACAGUGCAUGUCCUCUCCAGCAAAGCCAUCAUGGAUAUUAUCCACACGAACUUCUCAUUCGGUGUUUUAAACCUUGGCAACUACUCAGAGGCGCCCUACUCACUAUCGACCGGCAACGAGUUCAUCCUAUCGGGCUGCAACCUUCAGGCGACGCUGCUGAUCGGUGAUGGUACCAAGGAUUUGAUCAGCGGUUGUGCCUCUUUCUGCCCCUCCAACGUCAGUGACACCUACGUUGAGACGACUCUGCAGCGUACAGGCAGAUACUGCUACGGCAUGGGCUGCUGCCAGGCACAUAUCUCCAUGUCCUCCAACGGCUUGCCCACAAAGUUGAGGUUUCAAAAUCUCAACAAGGACGGCAACCUGGAGUUGACGUCCCAGCCCGCGUACAUGCUAAUUGCAGAGGAGGGGUGGUUCGACCAGCGACAGUUGUCCAAGGAGAUGGCGGGGCAUGAGGAAUCCAAAAUAGCCAAGGUGCAGGUUCCCCAAGUUCUGCAGUGGGAGGUCAUGCAAGACUUACCGCGACCAGCCGACAUGAAGGCGCAUCCAGACUGUCCAGCCGAGGUAGCCCGCAAACUGUGCAAGAGCAAGAACAGCUACUGCAAACGAGGGAGCAGAGGCUAUUUAUGCCAGUGCUUGGAUGGCUAUCACAAGCCCGGCAACAACCCCUACCUUGCCAACGGAUGCAAAGGUGGCCGCAAGCCUUUAUCUACAGGUAUAUACCUCAGCAUAGGAGUUGCUGUUGGGGCAGGCAUCAUACUAUUUGUUCUCGCUGGGUCCUUCACACGUAAGAAAUUCAAACAUCGAAAAGCACAGAUGUUGAAACAGAAGUUCUUUGAAAAAAACCGUGGACAAUUGUUGCACCAAUUGGUAUCACAAAGAGCUAAUAUUGCAGAAAGAAUGAUUAUAGCCUUAGAUGAGCUUGAGAAGGCAACAAACAAAUUUGAUAAAGCUCGUGAGCUUGGUGGCGGGGGGCAUGGUACAGUCUACAAAGGGAUCCUAUCAGAUCUCCAUGUUGUAGCCAUCAAGAAACCAAAGGCGGCAAUUCAAAAGGAGAUUGAUGAAUUCAUUAAUGAGGUUGCUAUCCUAUCACAGAUCAACCAUAGAAAUGUUGUAAAACUCUAUGGUUGUUGCCUUGAAACCGAGGUCCCCAUGUUGGUCUACGAGUUUAUAUCCAAUGGUACCCUUUAUGAUCAUCUUCAUGUUGAUGGACCAAGAUCAUUGUCAUGGAAUGAUAGGCUACGGAUAGCAACUGAGACUGCCAGAUCUUUAGCUCAUCUUCACUCAACAGCUUCAAUACCCAUCAUCCAUAGAGAUAUCAAGUCUAUUAACAUACUUUUGGAUGAUACUCUAACAGCAAAAGUCGCCGACUUUGGAGCUUCAAGAUAUGUUCCGGUGGAUAGAUCAGGACUCACAACAAGAGUGCAAGGUACAAGAGGAUAUCUAGACCCCAUGUAUUUCUAUACAGGGCGUCUCACGGAAAAAAGUGAUGUGUACAGCUUCGGUGUCCUGCUUCUGGAGUUGUUGACUAGAAAGAAACCAUUUUCAUACAUCUCUUCUGAAGAGGAAGGCCUUGUUACACACUUUUCUACCUUAUUCACACAAGGCAAUUUGUCCGAGAUAAUAGAUCCCCAAGUUAUGGAAGAGGGAAACAGAGAAAUGGAAGAAGUCGCAGCACUUGCAGUAAUGUGUAUAACAUUAAGAGGAGAGGAUCGUCCGUCAAUGAAGCAAGUGGAGAUCAAACUCGAAGGCACUCAAGCAUCCAGGGGACAUGAGGGGGGUAAUGUAAGAAACUGUCCACCGACUGUUGAUAGAAGUAGGAGCGAAGAAUUAUCCAGGCAGUAUAGUAUGGAAGAAGAGUUCAUGUUAUCUUCAAGGAAUCCUCGGUAA